AUGGCAAACGAGAGCGACCGACUCACUGAUCGAUUUUUGCGAUGGCGAAGAGAUGAUCCGGCUAGGAAUUUCAAUAAUGGACCGCUCUACCAAGAGCCAACAGAAAAUCGUGAGUUUUUCCAGGAGGCCGGACUCAAAAUGUAUGUACAUACAUUCCAGGAAACUCUCGUCGAUUUUAUGAUGAGAGAGAAGUUCAGCAGGAGAUGGAAGAUCUACAAAGAUCCAGAUCUCGAAUGCUGGAUGAUCAGGCUUAUGAUUUGUUCGAGGAUCGGGAAGAGCCAGAAGGUGAGGUAUGACGUGGCAAAUUUUCAAGAUUUCUGAACUUUUACAGAUCAAUAUUAUUAUCAAAAUAACAGAAGAAGAAGUAGAAGUAGAUCAUUGUAAGUUUUUUUUUCAUAAUCAUAAUGUAAUGUAAUUUUUGAAGUUCCGGAGAGCGUACAUACGGAGGAGUUGGGGGUUAUUAUUUUAAUGAAUAUGGAGAUUAUACCAGAAGGUGUGAGAACAAUCGAGAAGAAGAAGAAGAAGAUCGGAGAAAUGAGCCAACUGGAUUUGAAGAUGAUGAUAGUUAUGAAGAAGUUGAAGUGUUUGAUAAUGCUGGAGGACUUGGUGGGUUUUUUGCGCUGGGUUUGGAUUUUUAGCUACCGAGCUUUGAAAAUUUGAAAUCAGUGUGAAUUUUGGGCUCGGAAGAGUCUAAACAUCCGUGGAUUUACGGAUAUUAAAAGUUCUAGGGCUUUCAGAAGUUUCUGGGCUGAAAUUUUGCGCUGAGCUCGAAUUUUCGGCUCCCGGAACUCAAAUUUUUUUCAGUUGGGAUCGAAAGAAGACCAAAAAACCACCAACAAAAACGAAAAGAAACAGCUCCACGUAAUUGGAUGCCAACUCACGAAAACAUCGAAGAAUUGUUCGAAAACACAAGAAUUUCUGGAAUAUCUGAGCAUCCCAAAGAACAACAAGUUCAAAUCAAAAAUUCAGAUUUGCAUGAUCAACUAACUUCUUGGGAGACUUCUGGAUUAAAUUCUCAAAUCCUUAGAAACCUUCAAAAGUUGAACUAUUCACACGUUCGAGCGAUCCAAGCUGCAGUUAUUCCACAAAUCUUGCGUGGCUAUGAUGUUUGCGGACAAGCGGAAACCAGUUGCGGAAAAACAGCCGCCUAUGGUUUGCCAAUCAUCCACAAGAUUCUAGAGUACCCAGAAGAUCAGAGAAAUCUGGUUGCUAAAAGUUCAUCGCCCUAUUCGAUUGUUCUGGCGCCAACAAGAGAAUUGGCAAAGCAGAUCUAUCAAAAUUUCCUGAUGUUUGCUGAUGGCACAGAUGUUCAAAUUCAGCUCGUCUACGGUGAGAUGAAUCGAUGGGAAUGUUUGCAAAAUAUUCAAAGAGGUUGUCAUAUUUUGGUUGGAACUUGUGGAAGAAUUUCGGAAUAUCUUGGAAAAGCCGAAAUCAAUUGUGGCAAUUUACGAUUCUUUGUUUUGGAUGAAGCUGAUCGAUUGAUGAAUGAUUUGAGAAAUGCAACUGAAACUCAUCUCAGGAGUAUUUUGGAAGAUCAAAGUUUUAUCGGGACAGAUGAAACUCGCCAAACUUUGUUGUUUAUGGCCACGAUUAAUUCAAAAAUUGAUGGUUUCGCGGGAAAUUUUAUGAGAAAAUUGGAGGGAUUUGAAGAGUAAGUUUUUCGGACUAUCACUAUCCUGAUGUUUGAAAUUGCAAAGGUCAACUCCUAAAAUGGUUUAUGACGCUGUAAAGUUCGAAAAUCUAAUAGCAUAGGGGUUCACAUGGGUUCAAUUAUUUCUGAAGCUAAUUUUCAACUCCUGACAUGAGGAUUUCCACGUAAUAACUCAUGAUAGGAGUAGAUUUCUGCAAUUUUAGAUAACGGGAUUGAGAUCGAAGAAAUUUUUUAUAAAAAAUAUAGAUAUUCAGAAAUUCCUAACAUUUUCAAGAGGCUGUGAUCUCACCAAACUGACCAUGCUGAAAAACUCUCAGAAUUCAAAAAAAAAUUUCUGACAAUGAAAUUAAUUACAGUAGAAUUAAUAGAGCGUUUUUCAGACAAUUCUAAAAGUUGAGAAAGAGGUUUCAGAAAAAUUAAAAACAUUCCAGUGUUGUUCGAAUUGAGGUGGAAAACACGAGAACAAUCAAUUCUCAAGUUCAACUAAAUUUUCUGCAAACCAACAACAUCGCGGAGAAAAAUGAGGAACUUUGGAAGCUCUUGAGAACUGUCGAUGGUGCAACCGGCACCAUCCCUAGAACUCUGAUCUUUGUUGAGCAGAAAAAACGAACCGAUUACUUCGCGAUUGAAUUGACAAAGAAUGGGAUAAAUGCAAGGAGUAUUAAUGGGUAAGGGCUUUAGGUUAAGAUAACGAGCUUAAAAAACGGUUUAGGGAUCUACCCCAAAAUGUGCGUGAAUCGGUUCUCAACGAUUUCAAAAAUGGGAAUAUUCAAGUGCUGAUUUCAACUGAUAUUUGUUCGCGUGGAAUCGAGAUUCCUGAACUUGAAAGAGUUAUAAAUUAUGAUGUUCCAAAGGCAACUGUAGAGGAAGCGAUGGCGAUUUUUGUUCAUCGAGUUGGCCGAACUGGUAGAUCAAAACCUGGACAUGCGUUUACUUUCGUUAAUUUGAGUAAUGAGGUACUUAAGCUAGAACUGACAGAACUAAAAUAAUACAAUAAUUUCGAAUUUCAGAACCCUUUUUAUCGUGAUAGUCAAAACGAUGCAUAUUUAUUGCCUUCAUUUAUCGAAUUAUUGGAAAAUAUGGGAAGAGCUGAUCAAAUCCCCGGAUGGAUGAGAUAUUCUAGAAGUGCAGAAGUUGGAGAUGAAGAGGAUUGGUGA